AUGCAGCAGGCCAGUGGCACAACGCUGAGCGCUGCCACUGCCCCAGCUCGGGCUGUGCGCAGGCGGGCGUCUGUGGCGGUGCACGCUCGUGCGGUCCAGUUCCGUCCCUGCAUCGAUAUCCACAAGGGCCAAGUGAAACAAAUUGUGGGAUCCACGCUGCAAGACCUGCAGAGCGGCGGCGAGCAGCAGCUGCAGACGAACUUCGAGUCGGAGCAGCCGUCCAGCUGGUAUGCCGAGCUGUACAGGCGCGAUGAGCUGGCGGGCGGCCACGUCAUCAUGCUGGGCGCAGACGACGCCUCCCAGGCUGCCGCCCGCGCCGCGCUGGCGGCCUACCCUGGUGGCCUGCAGCUGGGGGGCGGCGUGACGGCUGAGAAUGCUCAGGAGUACCUGGAAGCGGGGGCCAGCCACGUCAUCGUCACCUCCUACGUCUUCCGCGAGGGGCGGCUGGAGGAGGAGCGCCUAGCCGACCUGGUCAAGCUGGUGGGCAAGCAGCGGCUGGUGCUGGACCUGAGCUGCCGCAAGAAGGAGGAUGGCAGGUACUACGUCGUCACAGACCGCUGGCAGAGGUUCAGCGAGCUGGCGCUCAGCAUGGAAAGCCUGGCCAAGCUUGCUGAGUCGUGCGACGAGUUCCUGGUGCACGGCGUGGAUGUGGAGGGCAUGCAGCUGGGCAUUGACGACGAGCUGGUGGGGCUGCUGGGGGCCUGGUCCCCCAUACCAGUCACAUACGCCGGCGGCGCCCGCACCCUGGAGGACUUGGAGCGGGUGAGGAGGGCGGGCGGCGGGCGUGUGGACAUCACCGUGGGCAGCGCCCUGGACAUCUUUGGUGGCCAGCUGCCUUACGCAGACGUGGUGGCCUGGCACAAGCGGCAGCAGGCGGCGGCAGGCAGCCCGCCGCAGCCCGGCAGCAGCAACGGCAGCGGCGGCAACGGCAGCGGCAGCGGUGGCGGCGGCAGCGGCAGCAAGCCGCUGGGCGAGCUGCAGGCCGACGGCACGAUUCUGUUCCGGGACCUGCACCUCAUGGGCACAGCAGAGAUGGCCUCUGAUGGCACCUACACCUACAGCUUCUGA